AUGUCCCUGAUAGCCCUGAUGGCCAUGUUCGUGCCAGCCCUUUUGACCCUUCCAACUUCCCUCUUCUUCGCCUUCACCUUCACCCUCCCCUUCUCCCUCCUCUUCGCCUUCACCUUCACCCUCCCCUUCUCCCUCCUCUUCGCCUUCACCUUCACCCUCCCCUUCUCCCUCCUCUUCACCUUCAUCCUCUUCUUCACCUUCAUCCUCUUCUUCACCUUCACCCUCUUCUUCACCUUCACCUUCACCUUCACCUUCACCCUCAUCCCCACCUUCAUCCUCACUCUCUCCUUCACCUUCACCUUCUUCCUCUCCCUCUCCCUCUCCUUCGCCUUCACCAUCGAACUCCUCCCCAGAUGUCUCGCUAGGAGACACGUGUUCCCGAUCCUCCUGGGCCGUCGGUUCAGCGGCCGCCUCCUCCUGGUUGAUAGCCGUGGCCUUUCGGAUCACUCUGGAGCGUUUAUCCUCCUUGGCCGUGCCUUCAGGUUUACCCUGGCCUUUUCCCUUGUCGUUCUUGGACUUGUCUUCGCCCUUCUUGUCACCAUGCUCGCUCCUUUUCCCGCCAUGAUCCUUUUCGUCAUGACCCUUCUCGUCGUGACCCUUCUUCUCGUCAUGGCCUUUCCCGCCAUGAUCCUUUUCAUCAUGGCCUUUCCCGCCAUGGCCUUUCUCGUCAUGGCCCUUCCCGUCAUGACCCUUCUCGUUGUGACCAUUCUUCUUGCCAUGGUCUUCGUCGUCCUUGCCCUCGCCUCCUUUCCCCCCCGUUCCGCCGGUGCGCUUGUCAACUGUGGCGGCCCUCACGACUGCAUCACAGAGUCCGUUCGACAAGUCACAGUCACCAUCACGAGACAAGGUGAUGAGCAAGGAGGUGGUCGAGCGGGGAAUUGGAUCGGCCGCUCGAGUGGCAGAGAGCGUGGCGCUGGAAACCGCACGUCGGGUUGUUGCCUGGGGCCGAGCCCAGACACAUGCUACCUGCACGGGGGAUGUCAGCGGUUUGGUUCACAGUUCAUCCCGUAA